AUGGACUCGGAGUCGGUAACAGCCAACGAUUCACCACCAGCCGCCGCGCUCGACACUCCGGCGCGCAAGAAGCAGAAACGCAACAAGCCCACGUUGAGUUGCGAAGAGUGCGUCGAGCGGAAGACAAAGUCCCAAUGCAAAUAUUCCGACGCCGCCAACCUGAUCGCCGCCUCGGGCCGCAGCAUCACCCCUUUGCGAUCGCGGAAACCUUCCACCAAGCCUGCAACUGUCCCGGUGUCCUCGCUGCCCAAUGCCCAAGAGAAUCACACCAGCAGUAGUCCUCAGGUUCAUGUCCUUCCAGUCAACCCUCCGAGGCACAACUAUCGCAGUGCCUCGCUGUCGUCCACCUCCUCUUCCCCCUUUUUACUGUCAAACAUCCCUUACUCUAACCACACUUCCCCCUUCUUCGGACUAGGCUCCGAACAUCCUUUUGCAAAUUACUGGACCAAUCGUGGCGGCUUGGCAGAGGUCGUCGGCGCCCUGCCAGCAAAGGACCAUGCCGACAUACUCGUCGCCAAAUACUUUGAUGCCGUCGAUCCGGUAUACCCCAUGGUACAUCGCCGCAAUUUCUAUGCCGACUAUGAGCGCUUCUGGUCCCUGCCUGUAGAGGAGAAGCAGACUGCCGACCCUGUCUUGGUCGCCCUUCAUUUUGUCGUAUACGCCAUGGCUACCCAGUUCAUUCACAUGUCCAGUGAUCAUCAAAACCAAGCACAGCUUGCCGAAUUCUACGUCUCGGCCUCCCAACAAUCUCUGAGGUUAUCCUCAUAUCUCAGUAAAGCAUCCGUAAGGACACUGCAGGCCAUGGUCUUGAUAGGAUACUUCCUCAUGAAUGAUAACCACGCCUCAGACGCGUGGGCCUUUGGCGGAGUUCUGGUCCGUCAAUCGUACGCCAUGGGCCUUCACAGAGAUCCCGACAUCAUAUCUCCACGCUGCUCUCGCAGCGACAAACAGCAGCGGAGAAAGCUGUGGCAAGCCAUCUUCUUUCAGGACACAUUCCUCACUGUUCUUCUCAAACUCCCACCAACUGCAACCUUCUCUGACGUGCGUGUGGAAUCACUCACCGAUGACCUGGAUGAAUAUGCCAACGGGGCUACCAUGAGUAUCAGUAAUAUAGCACCCAUGUCAGACACGUUCCCCCCAUACGAGCUGGCCGACCGUCAGUACAUCAGAUCAAUGUGGCACAUGGCUCACUUAGUCCAACGCACCGUCUGCACACCACGUUCAUUGGGACACCCUCUCACCGACUCACCCGACGCCAAGACAAAACUCAUUGACUCCUACGACAGACUGCUUCGCUCGUUCCCCCCUGAACUAACGACAUCCGACAGCACAGCCAUCCGCGAUCUCGCAGACUCGAACCCCCGUCGCCUCCGCCAAAACCUGUUCCUACGAAGCAACUACUGGCACUGCGUCAUGGCCAUCCAGGCCGAUGAGAACGAAGCCGGCGAUGUAGUGUGCGACGUCAAGGGCGCCCUGGAAGCCGCACAAAUGGCCCUGCUGUCAUUCUUCCAUUUCUGGGAGUACCUUCGCGUGGACGCCGGGGUUUGGUGGGUUUUCCAGCACCGAGCUUUCGAGGAAGCGCUCCUCAUCGCCCGCAUCCUCGGCGUCCAAGAUCAAGCUCACGUAGACCCUGCUACAGACCCGUUCCUCGCCGUCGCCAAAGAAGAUGCUCGCAAAACUCUGGAUAUCUUGGAAAUGGUCAGCGCUCCUGAAGCGCGCAAGACGAGAACCGAUGUUCUGAAAACGGCUUUCAACGAUAUCAAGUGGUAG